AUGGAAGGUGUAGAAAAAAAUAUGCAAAGCAAGAAACAAAGUUUCAUAUCAAAUUCUGAAGAUAUAUCUGAAUCUAAAAGGCUUGCAAAAUAUUUUAAAAGUAAAAAUCAAAUAGAAGCAGAAAUAAAUGAUACUUUUCUAACUAGCCAGGAGUCUUCAACAGAUGAAAUAUCUAAUGUAAAAAAUGAAACAUUACCAAUUAUCACAAAUAAGCAGAACUUGGA